CUAGCUAGUAGCACAAAACAUUCAUCCUUCUACUCUUUUUCUUUGACUCCAUCUUCUACUUAAUUGUACGUAGUAUGUCAAGGAUGGUGGAGCCAUUGACUCUUGGUAGAGUGAUAGGAGAGGUUGUGGACAGCUUCACCCCAAGUGUGAGAAUGAAAGUAGUUUACAAUCCCAACAGACAAGUUGCCAAUGGACAUGAGCUCAUGCCUUCUGUCAUUUCUGCUAAACCUCGCGUUGAGAUCGGUGGUGACGACAUGAGGGCUGCUUAUACCUUAAUAAUGACGGACCCAGAUUUUCCAAGCCCCAGUGAUCCUUACUUGAGAGAACAUCUCCAUUGGAUGGUCACAGACAUUCCUGGUACAACUGAUGCAUCCUUUGGAAAGGAAAAUAUGGAGUAUGAAAGUCCAAGGCCGGUUGUGGGUAUCCACAGAUACGUGUUCCUGUUGUUCAAGCAGAUGAGGGGAAGAGAAACAGUGACAGGUCCAGCUUGCAGGGACAAUUUCAACACAAGGACAUUUUCACAAGAGAAUGGUCUUGGCCUUCCUGUGGCCGCUGUCUACUUCAACGCACAAAGAGAAACUGCAGCUAGAAGAAGAUGAUCAAUUUUUUAAUUAGUUAACUAAUACCAAAUAAACCAGCAAUAAAAUUAGAUUAAUGAAUGCCAUGGAGAUUGAUCUCCUGGUCUUCCAUGAAGCCUGGAGGGAGGGAAGGAGAAGGCUGUUGUAUUUCUAUGAUCGUACGGUCAUGUCGUAGGUCAUUGUUUAUGUUGUUGUACCUAGGUUUAGGGACAGUAUUGUGUUGUGUUGGGUUGGUCCCAUAAGUCAACUUUUUAAUUUCUGCUCUGCUGAUUGGUGUUUUGGUGAUACGAUUCAUGUAGCAUCAUAGCUACGUGUC